UUUUGUUCUUUUGUAAUAAAAAAAACAAAUUGCAACAUUAUAUUGUUCGGUUGCAAGUAAUUGAAUUUUAAUUCUUGAGAAUAAAUAUAAAAAAACUUAAUUGUUCAAAAAAGAAGAUUACUUAAGUCGAACGAAAAAAAUGUCAUCUUCGAUAGAAGCUAAUUUUAGAGUUAAGAGCUUUUCUGUUCUUAUGGAUAUCAGCGAAUUCCCCAAAGAAAAUGUUAAUGUUAGUACUGAUGGAGGAUGGUUGGUGAUUACAGCAAAAACCGUGUCGAAUGAUGUAAAAUUCGAAUAUCGCCUUCCCCCAGGAAUAAAGGCCAAUAACAUAAGUCAAAAAAUAGUCAACGGGAUGCUGAUAAUUGAAGGAAAACUGUGAAAAUCCGAGAGUUUCAAAACUACGAAAUUAUAAAUUUGUUCUAUAUCAAAAUUUUUCAUUAAUUUUAAUUAUUCGAAUUUAUUU